AUAUUUCUUCUAUAAUACUUACCCUCCUUUGACACAUCCUUUUUUUUUUCAUGUAUAAAUACUAGCCAAAUCCAUAACAUAGCUAGCUUGUCAUAUUAAUCCUUAAUAAAUUAUAAUGGCUCCAACUAGUCCUUUAUGUUGCAUCUCCAACACUGUUUAUGUUAUGGGUUCUUCUACUAAGUUCGUCUCAAGCUUAAUUAUUCGACUACUUGAAAAGGGCUUCACCGUCCAUGCUGCUAUUCAAAAUCAUGGUGAUGAAAGUGAGUUGAUAUCAAAAUGUGACAAGAAGAGAUUGAAGGCUUUUUGUUUGGAUCUUUUUGAUUACCAUAGCAUAAUUGAUGCAUUGAAAGGGUGUUGUUGUCUUUUUUACUCCUUUGAGCCCCCCAAGGACCACUCAGCUACUUAUGAUUUAUGGUAUGCUUUAUCAAAAACACUAGCAGAGAGAACAGCAUGGGGUUUAGCUAUGGAUAGAGGCAUAAAGAUGGUGUCAAUAAACUCAGGAUUAUUAAUGGAUGAUGAUUUAAACAUAAAAAAUCCUUAUCUAAAAGGAGCUAAAGAGAUGUAUGAAAAUGGAGUCCUUGUGAGUGUUGAUGUUGAUUUCUUGGUGUAUGCACAUAUUUGUGUCUAUGAGGAUGUGUCAAGCUAUGGAAGAUAUUUGUGUUUUAAUCACAUCAUUAAUACAAUUAAUGAUGCUAUUAAUCUUGCCAAUAACUUCAACAUAUCCCCUUUGCCUUCUCCUCCUCCAAGUUUUGAGAAGGAUACAAAGAUAAUCCAACAGAGGAUAAGCAACAAGAAAUUGAACAAAAUUAUGAUCAAGAAGAUUGACGAUAUCUAAAAUUGAAGCUCAUAUUUAUCAAAGAUAUCAUAAAUAUUAUUGAAUUCACGAGAAUUAGAACAAUUGUAUGUUAGUUGAGAAAAAAAUGGUAAAUUACUAUAUGAAAAUUCCAAUAGUUUGUGGAAAAUCAAGAAGUCUUCUUAGUAGUUGUAACUCUAUUUAGUCAUAUUUUGUUUUUAAUAAUAAUAAACAUUAAUAUUUUCAUCGCUU